CAACUAACUGCAAGAUUCGUCUUUUAUUUUUGUUAUUUUCUUGAUCGUCAUUCCUUCAUUCUUUCGAUCUCGAUCCUCCCUACCUAAAGAAGUUGUUUUAACUGCAUCAUCAUCCUUGUACCAACAAACUUGCUUGUUUUGUGUCAAUAUGGGUGGUGAAUCAUGUGUUUCUUUGACUGAUUUCUUCGAUAGUUACAUGGAGGCAGAAGACACGAACUUAAUUUCACCCCUAGGUGCUGAGGACAUUUUCAGUACCCUUCAAGUUCUUGAGGAUGAAUUCACAUCCAUGGCCACCCCACAGUUUCAUGCAAACAAGUCUAAUUCCUCUUCUUCAUGCAUACAACAACAGCUUGUAGGGUCAGACAUCAAGAGGAAGCGGCAGUCGGUGGAAGACGGUGGAGAUGGACAGCAGAAGGUAGCACAUAUCUCGGUGGAACGGAACCGGAGGAAGCAGAUGAACGAGCACCUAACUGUCCUCCGUUCCCUAUUGCCUUGUUUCUAUAUCAAAAGGGGUGAUCAAGCAUCAAUAAUAGGAGUAGUAGUCGACUAUAUCACUGAAUUGCAACAAGUUGUUCAAUCACUAGAGGCAAAGAAGCAAAGAAAAGUGUAUGGAGAUGUUUUGAGCCCAAGGCCUUCACCGCGCAGCCCCAGACCGGCCUUGCCAAUUAGCCCAACAACCCCACAAUCUGCAGUAAGCCCUUACAGACCCAGAUUCCACCAACCUAAUCCAUCUUACUUGCAACCAUCAUCAGCAGCUUCACCUUCUACUUCUUCAUCAAAUUCUGACAUUGUUUCAAAAUCAUCCAUUGCCGACGUUGAGGUGAAAUUUUCGGGCUCUAAUCUUGUUCUAAAGACCGUCUCACCGCGCCUGCCAGGCCAAGCAACCAAAAUAGUUUCGGUUCUUGAAGACCUCUCCUUUGAAAUACUCCAUGUUGGCAUUAACAUUGUUGAUGAAACUAUGGUCAAUUCCUUCACCAUUAAGAUUGGAAUUGAAUGCCAGCUAAGUGUGGAAGACCUGGUUCAACAUGUCCAACAGACAUUCUGCUAGCUAGUUGUUGAAAACGGAAGCCUCGAUCAUAUGCUUCCUUUUAUUGCAUUGGACAUGAUGUCAAAGCAACGACAUAUACCAGUUAAGAAACUAGUGAAAAUAAAGGCAGUACUAGAGUCUAAUGAUUUAUUAUUACAUGUUUAUAAAUCUAACUUCAUUUCCUCUCUAUAAUUAGCAGCUGU